AUGCAGUUACUCUUCUACUACCGGUGUCACCUCCUUCUCCUCCUCUGGCUUGCUUGGCCGCCGCAAUGGGCGACGGGCUGCCACCCUACUGACCGGGCGGCCCUCCGCUGCUUCAGGGCCAGCAUUGCUGGUGACCCCUCUGGCCUCCUCCGCACCUGGGAUGCCGCCUCCGCCGACUGUUGCACCGCCUGGGCCGGUGUCGCCUGCGACGACUCCACCGGCCGCGUCGUCAACCUCACUCUUCCCGGAUUCUCCUCCUCCGCGCUGGAUUUUGCCUCGCUCACCGGGACGCUCUCGCAGUCCCUCGGCGCGUUGUCCGCCCUCCGCGUGCUCGACCUCAGCAACCUCAAGCAGCUCACUGGCCGCAUCCCGCCCUCCCUCGCCCGUCUCUCCCGCCUCGAGGUUCUCCUUCUUGACUCCAACGACCUCUCUGGCGGUAUUCCCUCCGGCUUCGCGAACCUCACUCGCCUCCGACGGGUUUGCCUCAGCUCCAACAAACUCUCCGGCCCGAUCCCCGCGUUCGCUUCCCCUGUUCUUUCCGUGCUCUCCCUCGCUUAUAACCGCCUCACCGGCAGCAUUCCAGCGUCCAUCGGACAGUCAACCGAGCUGCGCGCGGUCGACCUCCAUGGCAACAACCUCACUGGCUCGAUCCCGAUCCAAAUCGGCUCGCUGCGCAAGCUCACUUUUCUCGAUCUCUCCGAGAACCAGAUCUCCGGCAGCAUUCCUAGCUCUAUCGACCAACUGAAAACUGUUUCUGUUCUCUAUCUCAACCACAACCGCCUCACCGGUACAAUCCCGUCCACCAUCGGAGGGAUGCUCUCCCUCCAGUUCUGCAGGAUAUCGGAGAACCGCCUCACCGGAAGAAUCCCGGAAUCGAUCGGAGAUCUCCCUAACAUCGAACGACUGAUACUGGAGAACAACCAGCUCACCGGCGAGUUGCCCGCCGCCAUGGGAAGACUCUCUUUCCUCACCCACGUCUUCCUUGCAAACAACCGGAUCACCGGCCGCAUCCCAUCAAGCGUCGGCGGUUUGGGGAGAUUGCUAACCCUAGAACUGUCGCGGAACCGUCUCCACGGCCCAAUCCCUCGGGAACUCUCCCAGCUGCGCAACCUCCAGAAUCUCGAUCUCUCCUUCAACCCGCUGGGAAAUCCACCGAGAUGGUUCGGCGACAUGGGGCUCUUCAAGAUAAGCCUCGCCGGUACGAGGAUCUCCGGGCCGUUGCCCGAGUGGCUCUCAUCCUCGACCUCGAUUUCGAUCCUCGACCUCUCCAGCAACAGAGUGUGCGGGGAGAUCCCACGGUGGAUCGGAAACAUGACCUCUCUCUCCUUCCUCAACCUCUCCCGCAACGCCCUACGGGGGCGGAUCCCGGAGGAGUUCAAGAACCUGACGACUCUGAUGGAUCUAGACCUCCACGGGAACGCGAUCGGCGGGCGGAUCCGGCCGGUGCUGGCGAAGGGGACGCGAGAUCCGCUAGGGCAUUACCGGACGGUGGAUCUGUCGGGGAACCGCUUCACCGGGGGGCUGGAUCCCGACGUCGGGGAGCUCCCAGCCAUGGACGCGGUGGAGAGGCUUGUGCUUUCGAACAACCCGGGACUGGGAGGGGGAAUUCCAGCGUCGAUGGCGAGAAUGGCGUCGCUGAGGGAAGUGGAGAUGGCAGGGGACGGGCUCGCCGGGAGGAUACCGGAGGGCGUCCUGGACCUGGAGAAGCUGGAGGUAUUCGACGUGUCGCACAACGGGCUCAUCGGCCAGAUCCCCAACCACCGAGCUCCGGUGGCGGCGAAAGGGUUCAGGGGGAACCCGGAGCUCUGCGGGGCGCCGCUCCCGCCGUGCAAACCGUAG